AUGACAGUGGAGAAUUUGGCCAGUAUCUUUGCGCCCAACAUCCUGCGCCAGGCGGACUACGAUCCGGAUGUGGAGAUGUCUGUCACGCCUGUCAUAACACUCACCGUUGCUGGUUUCAUCCGUCGUCAUGAGGAGCUUUUUCGCUACAAACUGGCGCAUUUUGCCCAGCUGCGCUGCGCUGCCCUUGCUUCCACUGUUGCUGGUGCGACCGGACCCGCUGGUGCCGCGAUGCCUUUGGUGGUGCAAGGGCGGAUGGGUGAGAGCUACUCUGAGCCGGCAGCAGAGAGUGCUGGUGGGUCGACCUCCUCCGUCCAUUCCAGUCGCUGCAAAUCGGGUGAGUUGGGUCGGAUUGGGCUGAGUUGGACUGGGCUGGGUUGGAGUGGUGGCUGA